AGUUACUAUUCUAACUGGAGUGCUUACUUCGUUUGACAUAAAAACUAAAAAUAUGUUUUAUCUCUAUGGCUUAAAGUUUAUUUUUAAAUAGCAAAAGAUGUAAGGAAAAACGGUCUGAAAAGAGAAUGAUUAUUAAGUGGUGGUGUCCCUCUCGCACAUUUUACAAACAAAAAGCAGUGUUGCUAGCUUAGAGGAUUUUCCAUAAAAUCUCGGAAUUUGGACCCCGUCUUCGUUAUCAAAAAUGGCUUUUAGUGGUUAGUGGAUUUUUUAGUAGCUUGGGUGUUGUUGAAAAUUAUCGAAAAGUUUAAAAUCAAUCCACUUUACAGGAUUUUAAACAUUUUAUGACAAUAAUAUAUCUAAAUACAUAUUAUUUAAACGAAGUGACUUAAACUUAACUAGAAAAUGUUGCGAGAAUUUAGAAUUUCCAUCAACGUCAAAAAUUAAAUUGGUUCAAAAUAAACGUACAAAGUUAUGGUGAAAUUAGUUUCUGAUGAUGACAAUUUAUUAAAAUAAAAAAAAAGUGUGUGUGUCCGCUCCGACGCACGACUGGAGUUUACUGGAUAUAAAAAAUUAAACGAAACAAUACGAGAAAUAGUUCUAUAUUACGACAACACGAUACACUACAGAUUAUUAACAAAUUAACGAGACACAAAACAAACGACUAACAAAUAUAUGAAAAUACAAUAAUGAGAGAAACGCGCGAUCAGUACGAGGCUUUGUGGCGGACUGCCGGCGCAGCAGCCCGGCGUCACCUGCGAUAACGCAUUUCGUGUGACAUGCGCAAUCAGGCGCAUAACGCAUUUCGUGUGACAUGCUAGUACGAUUUUGGUCCCCAUAAUUUUCAUACCCCGGGCCUAUAUAUGUAAAUCGAUUCUAAAGGAGUAAACUCCAAUUAUAUAAGAAGUAUUGAUUAUAUGAUAUAUAUUGAUUUUUAAUAGAACAUCAUAUAUUAAUAAAGCUUAUUAACAAAAAAAUUAUUGUUCUAUGUUAAUAAGAACUCUGUUUAAUGGAAAAUUUAAUGGUAGGUACGUAGAUUUCUGAUGGUUUUCAUGUUGAAUUUGGUGGGAAGCCAGAUUAAUUGUUGGCAUCACCGAAAAAGAGCUAUGAAUGGAUUAAAAGAAAAAUGGCGUCUAUUUACGUUUGUAGUGCGAAGUUAAAAUGGCACUGAUACAGCUUGUGGCUUGUUUUUUUUUCGAAAAUCGUGAAAGUUUCCGUGUAAUCAUGGUGAACACUUUUAAUGUAAGUGGUUUUAAGCGAGAAUCGUCUCCAGUUUGUGGAAUAUCCUUCCAUAUGUCAGAUUCAUUGAUAAAUUUUUACUAGUGUGAGCAUAUAUUUUUAAAAUGUGAGAUAUUUUUUCUCAUUAUAAUAUUUAAUACCAUUUGUCUUGUAAAUUGUACUUAAUCUAUGUCAUAUACUAAAUUUGAAAAAACAAUCGUGAAAACUAUAAUUUUGCAAUGUAUUUUUCAUAUUAUAAGAGCCAUCACGUGGUAUUUUUUGAACUUUUUUAUUGUAUUGAAUAGCGUCGCACGGAAGCAUGUAUAUCAUUUGCCUGACGUUAAGCGAACGAGUAGGAUCUUCUAGUAAAUAUGACGUUGGAAUUUCUGGAAAAUGUCCUAUAUAAAGGUCAAACAAGAAGAAUCAAGUACUCAAACGCAAGAAAUAAAAAAUACCCCGAGAAAAGCAAAAUUACGACAAGAUGUUAAGGUAUUGAAACAAAAACUUAAAAGUCGCGAAAUAGUGAUUGUAAAUAUAAAGUCGAUUUUAGAUUUAUUAAAGAAAAAUGGCGAUUUUUAAUUGAAUUGAAAUUUAAAUUGCGAAAUUUUAAUGAUACUCAUGGUCCACUUAGAUAUUGAUUAAAAUAAAUUAUGUAUUUCGUUGAAAAAAAAGAAUUUACUUAAAAUAGAGGAAAUGUUAUAUUAUAAGACUACAGAAAAUUAACUGAACUUAAUAAUAAUAAUAUGUAUAACCAAUAUUUUGUAAAUAGAGAUCAAGUACUAUGUGUAUCGUGUUAUGUGUAUUGACUUGUCAUUUAAGAGUUAUUUAAUUGUCUACAUAUAACAAAUAAAUGAAUUUCAGUUCAUUUCAUUUUAUUACCCAUUGUGUUUUAUUUCCUAAAAUGUAACUAGUAGACUUAAUAUACACGUGUCAUUAAAAUAGCACAGAAGUAAAAAUACAAACAAUUUUAAAUCAAUUGAAGAUGUGAAUGUAGGAAAAGAGCACCCGAUACGCGCAGACCAUGUGUGUUGCAGUGUCUCACUCAGUGUGUCAAAUAUUAAUUUGCACGGCCCACUUAGCCAGUACAUUAAAGUAGGAAUUGCGUAAUUAAGUUCAACAUAAUAUAUUAUUUAAGUCGCGGUUGAGUAUUCGGACGUUAAACACGAGUUUGAGGAAGUUUAAGUAAUAGAACUGAGGUAAUGAUGUUUGUAAUAAAACUCAGUGCUAGAUUUUCGACAACGCAGCAAUUUCCAAAAAAAACCGUCGAAAAAAAGUCACCAUGACGACGAAGCAAUGUUUAGAAUUGAAUUUACAUAAAUAAAAGGUUGCAAGCACGUGUUUUGUAUUUACAUAGGGUUACACAGAAUUACUUAAGGUAAAUUCAAAACUUAUGCAUGUGUAUAAUUUUGUCCUAUAAUUAAAUUAUAUAUGGUCACCACAUUAGACAAGGACACCGCGACCAAAAAGUAUUCUCUUUCGAGACCGAUUUCUCGGCAUUAGACAGCACUCCAGUUGUAGGUACUUAUUAACUCCAUGCCACACACAUAAUAUAUCCGGACGGAAGCCCUAUAGAUUCACUUAGCAAUAAAAUCAUUACAUUGCAAUAAAAAGGCUGAAAUGAGGGUGCCGAAAGCCGUUAAUCCCAGGAAACGGCUUCAGUUGUUGAAAAAGUUUGGUAUUUACGAAAAAGUUUUACCUGUAGAAACAACUCCAAGUCGAGUUGUACCAGAUACCAUUGAAAGACCUGAUUAUUUAGCUAGAGGAAAACAAUUGACAUUACCAUGUUUACCGGAGAUUAAAGAUGAUAAUCAAUUGAAAGGAAUGAGAACUAGCUGUAAAUUGGCUUCUACUAUUCUAUCACAAGUGCAAAAUUUUAUAAAGCCUGGAGUUACAACAGAUGACAUUGAUCAACUAGUCCAUUCGUUAAUAAUUAAAGCUGGAGCAUACCCUUCACCACUUCAUUAUAAGGGAUUCCCAAAAAGUAUUUGUACAUCUGUCAAUAAUGUGGCUGUGCAUGGUAUUCCUGAUCUAAGGCCACUAUCUGAUGGGGAUAUUGUCAAUGUUGAUAUAACAGUAUUUUUACAUGGUUUUCAUGGCGAUUGCUCAAAAACUUUCAAAGUUGGUAAUGUAGACGACAGAGGUCUACAACUAGUUGAAAUCACCGAGCAAUGUCUUGGAAUCGGAAUCGGAACAUGCGGGCCAGGAGUACCAUUCAGUGAAAUCGGCGCCAGCAUUCAAAGGCACGCACGUAGAAAUGGCCUCACUGUUAUACCAUCGAUUGUGGGUCAUGGAAUUGGACAGUAUUUUCAUGGGCCACCAGAUAUUUAUCACAUAAGAAACCGUUAUCCAGGAGUAAUGAAAGCAGGAAUGACAUUUACAAUAGAACCAGUCGUUUCACAUGGGACUCAAAAUACUGUCUUAUUAGAUGAUGGCUGGACGAUUUUAACAGAGGACGGAUCGAGAACAUCUCAGAUCGAACAUACCGUAUUAAUUACUGAUGAUGGAGUAGAAAUCUUAACGAAAUGAAUUAUUAACGUUUUGAAGAUUAAAUUAUACAGAUUAUUUAUUGUUAACAUUAGUAUGGUUAAAAUGUAGCACAAAAUAAUAUAAUUCAAUAUCUGAAUGAUAAUUUAAACAAAGAUGAAUAAUAAUUGAGAAAGGCCUUAGUAGAAUAGGCCAAAUUAAUAUUGGACUGAAAAUAUUAAAAAAAAAUUAUUAAUUUAUUAAUAGUUACCAUAAUAGAGAUAAAUUACGAUACGAAUAAAACAAAUAGAGUAGC